UCAAAACAGUAAUUUCCGUUUUAACUAGACCGUUAUCACCACAUAAUGAUAAACACCCACAUAUGUAUGUUCACUACGCCAAAAGGAUUAAUGUACGAUAUUCCUCAAAUGCUUAACUGACAAUACAGUGUCCUAUUUAAUGAAUCGGCGGAAAUCGAUUUGAAAUCAACAGGAAAAUAGCGAAGUUUCGAAAUGUAUGUGUAUUUUAAGUGAAUAUUAAUCAAUUUUUAGACAACAGAAGAAAAAUGUGCAGCUCUAUCCGAACACAAUCCAGGCCGAAUAUCAUCAGUUGACCCACUUUCCUCAAAUAAGAAAAGCAUGGACUCGGAAAGGCAGUUUCUAUGUCCCCGAUUGAUUGAUUAUCUUACAAUAGUCGGGGCGAAGCAUACACCUUCAUCUGUUAAGCAAAAUGCAAGUCCACAUAUUCAGGCACCGGAACUUUUACGAAGGUACCCGAUACAGGACCACAAGGACUUUCCAAUGCCCAUAGACAUGGUUUACUUUUGCCAGCCCGAAGGAUGUUCUUCAAUUGGACCUAAACGAACUGCUCUGAGAGAAGCAUCGUCUUUCGUUUUUACAUUGACUGACAAAGACUCUGGCAAAACUCGUUUUGGAAUAUGCGUGAAUUUUUACAGAUCGGUAGAAAAAAGCUCAGCAACGUUUGCUGCCAACAAAGGAAGGGCUACGACUACGAUGAGGCGGGAUUCAUGGCGAAAAAGUAUAGAGAAGAGCUCUGAUUCAGCAUUUUCAAGUGACUAUCGGAAUGUCGGGCCAAGUGACUCUGAAAAAGAAUAUUCUAGUAGGCGGGACUCCGAAGCAACAGGAACAACUACCAAUCUUCCUGCAACCCGAUUGGCUGUCGGAGGAAAUGACUCGGAAAGCGGUGGAAGUCACUCACCAUCACCAAGAGCAACUAGAAGAAGACAGCAAUUUCAGAGAGUUCGGAAUCAUUCGCUGACGUCACUCUGCAUCCUCUCUCAUCAUCCCUUUUUCACAAUGUUCCGUGAGUGUCUAUUUAUAUUGAAGAAGUUAAUUGAUGCUUGCAAUGAGUCAUCAAACCCAAGGCGAGUAGGCGCUUCCAAGCAGACGUCCAGAGACAGUGUUUGGAGUGUUCUCACUGGACAAUCAAGUGAUGGCGCUUCCUCCAUAGUACUCCAUGAUGUGAAAGAAAUAGAAACGUGGAUACUAAAACUUUUAUCUGCACCGGUGCCUAUUCCAGGAAAAACUAGGGUUGAAGUAGAAGUUUUGUCUCCCAGCGUAUACGAACCAUUAGUAUUCGCUCUACCGAGUCAUACUCGAUUUACCUUAGUUGACUUUCCUCUGCACCUUCCAUUGGAAUUGUUAGGUGUGGAAACAUGUGUGAAAGUUCUGACCAUAAUACUAUUAGAAAAUAAGGUUGUGUUUCAAUCGCGAGACUACAAUGCUCUCUCAAUGUCUGUGAUGGCUUUUGUUACAAUGAUUUAUCCUUUAGAAUACAUGUUUCCUGUGAUUCCUCUUUUGCCUACUUGUAUGAGCUGUGCGGAACAGCUUUUACUGGCACCAACUCCGUAUGUGAUAGGGUUACCUGUUAGUUUUCUAAUGUACAAGAAGAAUUUUCAAUUGCCCGAUGAUGUUUGUGUGGUAGACUUGGAUUCAAAUAAAUUAACGUCGCCCACUGAGAUACCCCCUCUACCUGAACCAGAAGGACAGCAGUUAAGAAAUCAUUUAAAACAGGCAAUGCAGCUUAUGGACCAAGUUGGCACUGGAGCAAUAUCCAAUUUGUCUACUCCAAGCAACAACAGUGCACAGCUCCAACCAUCGAGAAGGAAUAGCGUUAGUACCUCCACCACUUUAGGGGUUGGAUCCGCGCAUUCAAAACCCCAAGAAGUUACAACUCCCGUAUCUCCAAACCAACGAUUAUCCUUAAGUCCACAAACUCCUUUCCAGCAAACCUCUCGGAUUUAUUCGCCUCAACAACAGCAACACCAAGCUCUUAAUCUUUUUGUAUAUGGGAAUGAUAUUGAUUCUGUAGAUGUUGCAACUCGAAUAGCUAUGGUUCGAUUUUUCAACUCGGAAAAUGUUCUGGGCAACUUUACGGAACAUACCAGAACAUUGAGACUUUACCCACGCCCAGUGGUUGGUUUUCAAGUAAACACUUUCCUCAAGUCCAAACGGCGAGUUUCAAUGUUCCUGAAGAGAUUCUGUAGGUCUCAAGCUGUCGAAUUUUUGGCAGAGUGGUCUCUUACGCCAAACAACGUAGCUUUCCAAAGAAUCCACACUGGAGUUGAAGAUCCGGCAUUAAUAGGAGAUAAACCCAAAUGGUUUUUGCACACAUUGGAACCUAUUAAGUUUGUUGUUUGGGACGAUGCAAGUUCACUGAAUGGUGCCUUAAGAAGCGUACAAGUGCAAGAGAAUCAACCAACGGACGAAAGCGGAUCUGACUCAGAAGAAGGUGAAAGCACAAGUUCCAGUUACUCGUCGCUUAGUGACUUUGUGUCCGAGAUGGUGUCUUCAGAUCUAUCACCAGGCUAUCUGUCAUAUCAUGAUCAAAGAAAGGCUUCAGCUCAAAGCAUGACAUUUUCUUCAAACAUUGACGUUGAAAGCGUUUAUAAACCCCCAUCGGAGUUGAAAUAUCCUGAUGGGGAGCUGCCUACAAAUCGGGCAGAUUCCCCUGCGUCAUCUAGUUCUUCUAAUUCCGAUUCUGAUCUAAGUUCGCCAUCCUUUAAUCGCGACUCGGAAUUUGAUGCUAAUAAAAAGGAAAAGCUUGAGAGACAGGCUACGAAGGUGGAAAACGAAGCAGAAGUGGAAAGAGAUGAGGGUCUCAGUUUCGAAUCUGACUCAAAUUCGACAACUGUAAGAACUAUUGUGAGCAACACUACAGUACAAUCUGACAGUUCUUCUUACGAUAGUGAAAAGCAUGGAAACAAUAAAAUAACACGAAGGGUACAUAAAUUAAUUCUGCAUUUGACCAGUAUGUGUAAUAAAUAUAUUCUUUACCACUUCCUGAAGGUACCACCAAUUACACCAGCACCUCUUCAAAAGCAACCCAGUGUUGGCAAUGUGUUUUCGAAAACAUCUAGCGUGGGUUCUUCAGGCAGCCCCAGUCCAGGUCCUCUUCACUCGGCUAGCAGUACUAAUAGCGGGAUUACAAGACAAAGUUCACAAGGGUCCUUGUUUGAAAGGUUUGCUACUGAAGCUAAAGAGUUAGUUAGGGAAACAACUAGACAGAGCAGUCAAGAUGGAAUCUUGGCCCAAAUGGACAAGUUAAAGUCACAAGCAAAAGAAAAGCUUUCUGAGGCGGAAGAGAGCCAUAUCUUUGCUCCUUUUGAUAAGUUGACUAUUCAAGCAAAGAAAGCAGCUGGCGAAGCUACCAAAAGUGUUCAAGAAGCCAGCAAAUCGGCGCUUGAAGCCAGCAAAACAGCAACAGCAAUGAGUAAAAAUACCAUAGAUGAUUUGACGUACGCUGGCAAAUCCACAUUUGGAGACCUGACAAAGUCGGCAAAAGAAGUUGUAAACGUUAAAUCUUUGCUAAGAGGCGAUUCGUUCAAUAGAAAUGACCAGAGACGUGAGUCGACCUCUAGUUCUACAUCUGUAGUUGCUCACUCGGCUCUAGCGGGUGCUAGUCGUGAUUUCUUUUCCAAUAUUCAGUCAGAUUUGAAUGGACUAGCUUCAAGCACUACAAGCAUGUUUUCAGAUUUGUUUGGCAACAAAAAAGACAACAUUAGACAAGAUGAACUUGGGCAUAUGGAAAAGCAAAAAGAUGGAAAAUCUGGACUGUUUAGUCCAUUCCAGAGAGGAACUAAAGAGAUAGCGGAGAAAACUAGUUUACAUAAGCCAAUAUCUAAAGCGCAAGAUGAAUUACAUAGAAGACAGAAUGUAGAAAAAGCGGCAGAUAAUGCCGAAAAUCAGUUGCUUUUAAACGAUAUUAUUACGAAUGUCCUGGAUGGAGAAGGCGUGGGAUGGCUAAAGUUUAACAGACUAAAGAAAUUAAUGGAAGAAGAAAUAUUUCGUACAUUUGCUUUGACGAAAAUAAAUCACACAAUUAAUAAGAAAGUAUCUCCCGAUGAACACGUGGACGACGUGUCCAUACCAAAACCUGUAUGGAAGGGAAUGUUGAAAGUUCUUCAGGCAGUUCAGCAUGGGUUGGAGUUAACUUAUGGUAACUUUGGGCAAGGAGGGUUAGCUUCGGUUUUUCAGAUGCAUCAAAUUGCGCACACACAUUACUGGACUAAAGAUAUUGUACAAGAUCAGCGGGCAUCUUCAUCUGAAAAUACGCGGAAAUCGAGUCCACAAUCACCUGUCAGUCCUAGCAAGCUUAGUUCGGAAUGGGAAAAUGAGAGCAGAAAGUCUUCCCAAGCAGAGCCUCCUGAGGUAAGACUUAUUGAAGACGCGGACUUUGAUAAGUCGGAGCAGACAACCACAGAGAUUUUCAAGGAUAUGCUUAGCCAAAAGAAAAACUUGCUCUUGAGUAAACUGACCUCAUUUGAUUCGGAUGGGGAAGGUACCAUCCAUGGUUCUGGAGGAACGGUAUCUCCAGGAUCAAUAACAGCUGGACCUGCCGGAAGUCUUCACAGGGGAGGCAAUCAAGCAUCAUUCAGAUCGACAGUUUCUGAUACUGACGUUGAAACUUUGCAGUUUCCAAAAUUACCAAAGCAACGUGCUUCUAGUGUUUGGUCCAGCAAGUCUUCAUUGAGCGUUGGCUUUCGAUAUCAUGGAGGACACAUAGUUAAUACUAAUGCGGCAUCCUCACCUGAUGUUGUUCGAACAUACUUAUUCGAAGGUUUGAUAGGCAAAGACAGGUCAAACUUGUGGGACCAAAUGCAGUUUUGGGAAGAUGCUUUUAUGGACGCUGUUGCUCAGGAAAGAGAUACCAUCGGAAUGGAUCAGGGUGCUAGAGAGCUUCUAGACAGAUACAAAGGUCUCAGUGACGCAGAAAGGAAGCGACUGGAACAUGAGGAAGAUAGGCUGCUCUCAACAUUCCUUUAUAAUCUGACUGCAAUUCUUGUAAUGCUGCGUUGCAAUAAAGAAGAAAUUAAGCGAAAAGUCCGAAGAUUGCUUGGGAAAAGCCAUAUUGGGCUUAUUUACAGCCACGAGGUUAAUUUGCUGCUGGAUCAAAUCCACAAUUUGGAAGGUAAUGACAUUGACUUGAAACCUCUCAUAUCUCAAUCGCUACACCGUCAAAGUUUUACUGUGCAUUUCGGGACGGAUUGCACGGGAGAUCUUCGAUUCCUUGAAGUUAAGGACGACGGUUUAAUUAUACGAUUUAUUAAUGGGACUAUAUUUGAGCGAUGGUUCUUUAAUGUACUUGUCAACAUGACUUACAGUCCUAAGAACAAAGUGCUGUGUCUCUGGAAACGUAGCGUCGGAACUACAAAAGUCUAUAAAUUUUACACCAAAAAGUGUAAGCAAGUAUAUUAUUGUUUAAAAGAAGCAAUAGAACGAAGUGGAGCAGUUCACAGUGUUCCUGAGUUAGGAGGUGAGUUUCCGGUUCAGGAUGUUGCAACUGGAGAAGGCGGAUUGUUGCAAGUAUGCAUGGAGGGAGUUGGAUUACUCUUCGCCAACAGCAAGGAUUUUGAGUUUUUCGUAAGGAUAUCUCAUAUUAGAAAAUGUUACACCCAACAUGGGAACAUAUUUAUUAUAGAAGAAUUUAAUCCUAAAACGCGACACGUAAUUCAAAGGAAGUAUAAAUCGCCAAUGGCUGAUCAAAUCUGCUAUUCCGUGCUUUGCGUCUUUUCCUACGUAGCAGCAGGCAAGGAAGGCAAAAACAAGUUUACGAUGCCGCCACGACCUCAACGAUCUCAACCUUCUCAACAGCUCAAGGUAGUGACAUGCAUUGUGCCGGCAGAACUGCAAGGAAUAAGUGUCGAUUCGACCUGUAAUCUUUCAACGGUCACGCAUUCCACUAAGCCUCCUGCCCAUUUUAUCCCUUGUACUCAGUCAAGUUUAUCUCCAUCAGCGUUUGGCCCGGAAUCAAGUGCAGUAACUCCUGUUGGUGGACCACCAACUUAUCCGCCACCAGCCUUACCUCCAGGAGUAUCGCCUCCAGCUGCCCCACCAGGUCAGACAAAAACAUUGACUUCACAAAUUUCGGUACCAACUCCUCUAAAACCUCCACCCAUUCCUAGUCGAAGUUCGUUGCCAUUUAGGCAAGCAUCUUUAGGCCCACCUUUAGGUCAGCCUCCUCCUCCGCCACCGCGAAACAAGUGACGUGGUAAACGGUACUCUAAUCCGUUGCAUUUAGCGACCGAGUGCGUGAGGCCGUCUUGUCUUCCGUGGAUUUAGAUAAGUUUAUAGUGUAGGAAAGUGUUAAAACUGCAGCAACUUCAAAUUUCUUAAGUACUUUGAAAUACUUUUCGAUGUUCAAUUUAUUUGUAAAUAACGUUUUUUGUUAUUUGUAUUUUAUUACCUUAGAAGGCAUUCUAUGAAUUUUAGAUCUUUUCGGAGGGAAUGCUCGACUUUUGCUUGAUACUUCAAUAAUAAUAUGUGGGUGUAUUGUAACGGUUAAAAAAUAGCAAUUUUUUUAAAUUACAAAAGUCAAAAUUAAAGCAUGAGUUAACCUGAAAAAAUAAGGCUGCACUCAAAAAACUUAUUUUCGGUUAGCUUAUACGGUAUGACUAAAUUAUCAUAAUGCUAUUUUGCUGUUCCUUGAAGGGAUAACGAUAUUUACAUUUUUUCUCUCUGGGUGUUUUCACAUAUUUCAACCAGUUUAUUCCCAAAAAUAUGCUAUUGCUUUAUGCAAAGCGACCUUUUAGUAUUUUGAACAUACGGAGGGCAUAAAAAUAUUGAGUAUUUAUAUUAAAUUUCAAAAUCCAACUGCUGACUUCAAACCACUUUUCCUCCAACCUUCAUUUUUGAACUCGACUUCCUUCUUAUUUAUAUCUCUGUUUACCGACUUUGUUCAUCACUCUGAGCAUAGAAUGUCUCAAUUUUCUUAACAUUUUUGUCUUAGAUAUAAAAAAGCAAUACUUAAUAAAUAAAUAGAGAAUAUUUGUAAAACUGUGCGUUUUGAGAACUUCUUAUGUAGGAGUUUUUAUUGUAUAGAAUAGGUAUUUGAAAAUGUUCUGUAUAAAUUCAUUGAUGCUUUCAGGGAAAGAACAUAAGUAUACCUUUGCUGAUAGCCAUUCAUCGGCUAGCUUGGGAUAAUUAGUGUUGAAUAUAUAUUUAAGUUUCAUAUUUUAUAAAGGGCAAGUAAAUGCACAAUAUAUGAUUUAAAUUAA